AUGGCUCUGAGAGCGCGACAGGAGCAGCAGCUCCAUCUGGCCAUUGCUCUCUAUCUCGAGUCGAAAUUUCCAGAGGCUUACAGAGUGUUUGAAAGGGAAGCACAUGUAGACUUUUCUGCUGCGACAGCCUUAACUCACGGGAGUGAGAAGUUUGACAGUGAAACAUUACCAAAGCGAUGGGGUGCUACGGCCCGCCUUCAAGCUCGUGUGACUGUGCUUCAAAAUCAGCUCCAGCAGCAGGGACAACAACUAAAACUGUUCACAUCCACAGCGUGCAAUUCAGGGAACAAGAAAGCAGCAGGGCUUCCAAGCUUCAAACCAUCCUACGUGAUAUCUGCUCAGAGGCAGCCCGUGACAUGCUGUGUUUUCCACCCUCUUUUACCCCAGCUCUUGAUCGGAGCAGACGAUGGCAACGUUCGUGUCACAUCAGUGGAAGGAAGCGGCCCUGGUGCGAUCACGCGGAUUUUUAGGGCACACCAUGCAUCAGUUACGGGUUUAGCAUUUGAUCCUUCAGGCCGCUGGUUAGCUACGUGCUCCAGUGACAUGACGCUUCGACUAUUCGACGUCCAGACUUCGUAUACACUGAAGGAAACAUUGAGAGGCCAUGAUGAUUCUGUUUCGGCCAUUGCAUUUCUUACUUUGAGGGAUAACAAAGGAAGAAAUGAUGUCGCUCCUAUGCGCCUGCGUGGACUGAGCAACGGAGGUGUUGCAGACGGGGACCCGCACGGAAAUGACUCUGGUAGCAGCACCUGCAUCAUUUCUUGCUCACGAGAUGGCUCACUGAAGCUGUGGGAUGCAGAAACGGGCCUCUGUCUUCGGACAUUUACCCCCGUAGAUACAGCAGGGGCCUGGGGGGUCGGUGGAACUGCAGGGAGUGGUGGCUCGUGGGUCCGCUGCCUUUGCGUGCCUGAGGCAAAGCUGCGUCCUGCCCCUUUUUUCGCAUCUGGUGGAAACGAUCAAAGGGUGGUUAUUUGGAGGCCAGACUUCACAUCAGCCGUCCGAGAACUUGUCGGCCACCAGCACGUCAUUGAAUCGGUUACCUUCGCGACAGAGGCAAUGCUACGCCACAUGCAUGCUCACAGGAUGGCGCCACCACCCUUACCGUCCUCCAUGCUGGACACAAAGGCACUUUUGGAGGCAGAAGGAGAGGGAAAGACAACUCACGCUCUGCGGAUAGCGGGCUUGGUACUUAUUUCCGCUAGCCGCGAUAAAACCAUUAAAAUGUGGGAUGUCAUCGGAGGCACUUGCAUUCAGACGCUCGUAGGUCACGAUAACUGGGUCCGGCAGGUUGUCGUACAUCCUACUGGGGAGCACAUUAUUUCUUGCAGUGACGACAGAAGCAUAAGGACAUGGAACGUUCUAACAGGCGAUUGCGAGCGGACGAUUGAAGGCGCGCACUCGCAAUUUGUGACUUGCCUCGAUUACGACUUGAAAACUGACAUCUUGGCCAGUGCUUCUCUUGAUGCAACUGUCAAGCUUUGGCCCUGCCGGGUAGAUGACGCAAAGGAUCCUCCUGCAGGGGACGAAUCAACGUCCCACUCCUAG